UACGAGAUCUUAGUUCGACAAAGGAACAAAGAUGGAGAGUCCAGAGGACGCACCUGAGGAAGCAAAUCCUAUAGAAGAUCUUGAUGAAGAAGCGAAGGAUGUUGUCGUCGUGCACAAUCAAUCAACUUCUGUGCUCUCGAUUGAAACAUUUUCACAUGCGCUUUCUGGGGCUACUGGUAGCGUCUUGGCAAUGUCAACUUUUUAUCCUCUUGAUACAAUUCGUACAAGACUGCAAGUGGAAGAUAGAAGAGAAGCAAAACCUACAUACAAAGUUGUCCAAGAAAUCUGUAAUGAAGAAGGCAUAGCAACUUUGUACCGUGGCCUUGUCCCAGUCCUAUCUAGUCUCUAUUGCUCAAACUUUGUUUACUUCUAUACCUUUCAUGGCCUGAAGAAGCUCCUGCAUUCCAAAGAUAUGAAGCAUAGACCUUUCCUUGAUCUAUCUCUAGGAUAUUUUGCAGGACUUGUGAACUCAGUGUUAACAACUCCACUAUGGGUUGCAAACACAAGAUUAAAACUGCAAGGUAUAAAGCAAAAGAAUAGCAAAAGUAACCAGGAAAGGAAGACAACAAAUUAUUCAGGCCUUUUUGAUGCUGUUCAAAAGAUUGCAAAGGAUGAAGGUAUAACUGCAUUGUGGAAAGGUAUUCAAACCUCAGUCUUCCUCUCUGCGAAUCCAGCUAUCCAGUUUAUGGUUUAUGAAGCAAUCAAACGAUUUGUAAACAGACUAAAAAGAACUGAAUCAGGAAAGAAAAUGGCCAUUUCAAGUAUUGAAUUCUUUGUGAUGGGAGGAGCAGCAAAAGCAGUAGCAACCAUCCUUACAUACCCCUUGCAAUUGGCCCAGUGCAGGCUCAGGGCAAACAGGGAUUCUAAAGCCAAGGAAAGUCAAGGAAUGUUGAAGAUGUUACUUCAGAUAUACAGAGACAGAGGUUUCGUUGGACUGUUUAAGGGCCUUGAGGCAAAGCUCCUGCAAACAAUUUCGACAGCAGCAUUGAUGUUCUUAGUUUAUGAAAAACUGAUGAAGAUUAUAAUGAAAUUUUUAAAAGUUACAAAAUAACUCUAGGCUAUUGAUAGUUUUUAAUACUAGUAGUUUUAUUUCUACCCUAGAAGUAUGAGAAAAGAAUGUAUCAGAAUUGGAACCUAAAUUGUUGUGCCAAUGUGAUGUGUUGUAGUUAAGAAUUUUUUGAGAAAAUCAGGAAUUAAAUAGUUAACUAGGAUUUCAAAGAAUUUCAAAAUUUUGAUUAUGUUUGUAUUACUUAUGUUUUUCUAACUAGAAUUUUCUUUAUUCAAAAGUAAAGCUAGUGCAAAAUUCAGAUAAUCAAAGUCAUAUUUGAAAUUAAAUCAUCAAAUGGAUUGCACUGUCUUU